GAUGGUCGUGUUCGACCUCCUAGAUGACAUGACACUCUGGUCUGUCGAUCACGUCUGUCUAAGAUGGCACAAUUUAGUGUCGCGGUACGUCAAAGAGGAGCAGUGGAAGGAGUUCACGACACGUCGAUGGCCCCUCUUCCGACCUUUGUACAACCGAGUUCCCUGGCAACAAGUGUAUACGAAAUUGACCAACAGCGCUCCCUGUCAGAUAUGUUUGUACCAUAUGCUCUUGCCAGCGACUCCACCUGCUAACGAAAACUCCUGGAGGCGGAAUAGACUUCGCAAUGAAUUAAGAACCCUUAGGUCAGACCCCCCGGAAGGAAUCGAAGCAUCGCCGUUAGAUGAAAUGUCGCUUCACUGGCAAGCUUCGAUUCGAGGCCCAGCAGGUUCACCUUACGAAGGGGGAACUUUCUUCCUCUAUAUACAAAUUCCUCCGAGUUACCCCCUCUGUCCACCUAUCGUGCGGUUCAUCACAAAAAUCUUCCACCCAAACGUGUCUCGACAUGGGGACAUCGGUAUCGAUUCGAUACAGCAUAACUGGUCGCUGGCUCUCACCAUUUCGAAAGUUCUCAUUUCCAUUCAGUCGCUUCUGACGGAUCCUUACACCAAAGUGUGCAUGGAACCAGACAUAGGAAGGUUAUACGAGUCAGACAAGAACCGUUUCGAGCGUGUGGCCAGAGCCUGGACUCAUCGCCACGCCAUGCACGACGGCUUAAGACCCGAAACCCCGCCGAACACUUGUUCGAGUGCAUCGCAGUUGGAGUCUGAGGAAGGAAUGCCAGCAGUGACUACCACCAGGAGUUGAGUUCAAUGUUUAAGUCAAAGUCAAGAACACAGUUCAUUGUUUUAUGCCAAUUCAUUGCAAUUCCAUAAGAUAUUAUAAUGUUUAAAUAUUUCGUCAGUAACAGACACUGUUUUCUUACCUGAAGGUAAAAACCUUUUUGUUAUUGUAAAUUUUGUUGUUGAGUAUCUCAUUGUAAACACUGUACCAGUUGUCUGGAUUGCUGGUGAUUAGUUGCCAGGUGGUAAACUUAAUGUAAGGGGAAUUGUAUGCCUUAGGUACUCUGCUAUACUCUACCAAACUAAAUGCAGAUUGUUUAUUAUUAUGGUAAGACAUGCUGGCAUAGCACAACUUUUGUAUAAAAGGACGUAAUAGUGUACUGCUCCGUAGUCUGAUUAAGUUUGGACCUUUACAAAAAAGGCAGAUUACUUUUUAUUUACGGAAUUUGGUAUUUUAGAAGAGGCGUUGAUAUGCAGUUGAAUGAUGUUAAUGUAAUGUUUAAAUUACAGAUUUUUUAUUUUGCCAAUUGUUUUCUGUUGUGUUUGAUAAUUUUUGUUUUGUGUCAUGUUAUUAUUCAUGUUCAUUUAGGCUUAGUAAAAGAAAUGUACAGUGGUCCCCUCCCGUACUCGCGGGGGCCGUACCAGUUGAAAGCCAUAUAGAAAUGCUUAAAACUUGUCUUAUUUUAUUAGUUGAAACUCAUGAAAAACCCGCUAAAAAUGUUUAUACCUGUUUGUUUUAGUAUUUUUAUCACAAUAAGUGCAGUUUAUGAUGAAACUGGUAUAUAAAACAGGAAUUUCUGGAUAUUUCUCAUAAAAAAAUACCACGAAUACGCAAUUUUCCUGCGAACCACGGGUAGAUAUGGUCCAUAGAGAAAUCCACGAAUGCGUGAGUCUGCGAAUGUCGAGAACGCGAAUACAGGGAGUCCACUGUACACCAAAAUUUGGCAGAAGGUAGUCUUGCGUGUCAGUUCAAAAUGUUGAUGGCUCAUCCACAUUAUAGGAAAAAGAUUCUGUGACACCAGAAUUGACCACCCUGUAUCUCUCUUUUGCUUUCCUUAGAGUGAAGCUUUGCUCCCGGGGUAUGGGGACUUUGGUGUAAGGCGUUGAUUUGUAAGUACAAAGCAAUAACCUUUUUUUUUGUUAUAUAGUUUCUCUAUUUUUAUCAAACAAAUUAUUGCCUUUGUUUGCCAAACUGUUUCGUAGAUGCAAAGGGAAGGUGGUUUUAGUAGAGAUUGUGCCCUGUAUGGGACAGUCAACUUUCAAAAUGUUCUUGUACUUAUUAUUUAGAAGAAGGAAGAUUGUCCUUCUACUUGUUCAUUGUUUUGGUGAGUGGGAGACGUAACUUUUGGGGUCAUAAACUAGUUAGGACUUGAACCAAGUAUAUAUCCUUAACAUUUAUCGGGUUUGUAAACCUCUCCUGAACAGAAAGAUAGAAAAUGGAAUAGCUCCUCUAAAAUGGUAGGUAUAUAGUUUUAUGAGAUACAGGCAUGGAUUUGUAAGAGUGGUUAAAAGAACUUGGUCUGAGGGAUGUGUUUUUCUUGCAUUCUGGUAUGGUGGAUAGUGACAAGUUCCGUUGUAUGUAGCUUGUUUAUUCUGAAAAUGAACAGGUAACGUAUACCCGAAGUUGGACUAUUUCUGUUAUCAAAUUGGUGUAAAGAUGAGGUAUAAAAGAACUCGGAAGGGAUUGUGAGUCAAAAAUUGGUGUAGUUCCUUGUCUCUGGUGAACAAAUGCCUUGAGGAUAUUAGGUUGGAUACCAUAAUUUUCGUACUUGUUCAUCUCCAAACUGGGUGUGUGGUGUCACUGAAGAAAGUUGGGACAUAUAAUUAUUCCUGCAGCUACUAGUGAAUUUUUUGGUGCAUAUGAAGUCAGCGUCACUUGUGUUCAUUUCUGUAUGCUGUGGCCAAGGAUGGAUGUGAAUUACUAUAGUAGUCCAUUUAGAAAGUGAUGAAUCUGCAAGACAGGUACAUUAUGCUGAUAAACACUGCACUUCAUACGAGGAAUUUUUAUGAUUUUUGUUACAUGUUCAGUUAAGGUAAAAGAGUAAAAAGUAUUAUUAUGUAGUAACUGUACCUUGACAGAAAUUAUUACUAUUCUUUUUUAAAUGCGGAAUUCAUCUUUUACGUAAGUUGCUUCUAUACUUCCAUGAAAGCAGAGAUACUGCAGGGUGCUGGUAUACCUAACCACUGAUUGCUUUUCGCAUCAUAAAGUGUAUCAGAAUCAUGUCUUUCUUUAUUACCUGUGGAUAUCCACUCAACAAUUGAACUGAUUUUUUUUUUUUUUUUCAUAAGUACGCCCAACGGAUGGCGUAUCAUUGUACAUACAACAUAAUGCUUCGUAAAGAAAUCUCAGGACGGUCUCAUUGUCUUGUAAGUGUCUUCAUUUUCUUUGUAAUUUUAGUUAACAUAGGGAAAAUACUUAGUACACGAUUGAGUAGUCAUAGGUACAUGUACUAAUGGGGGUGACUAUUUUCUAAAAUCUGCCUUUAUCAAACAAGGCCUUGUCGGGAUUAGUCUGGUCGUGGGACGAUGUAAAUUUUUUUUAUGCUGUGUAACGUGAGAUUUUAGAAAAGCUUUGGUUUUUUUUCCACUUAGAUUAGAAUAUUAAAAUGCAAUGCUUCAGCCACUUGGAUUGAAAAGUCACAUUCUAGACUUACAUCCCACCCGAAGGACAUGGUACUUAAGUGAAGUGAACUUAGGGACCUGGUUUAAAGUGAGAGAGCUAGAACGAAGGGAAAUAAGCUUGACUAGAGUACCAUGUACAGUGCACCAUGCAAGGCCCACUAUAAGCGGAGUCUUUUCCUAAAAUUAUUUAGGUUUAAUGCCGUCAGAUCUUUUGAUAGACAAUGCGAUGAAAGAUUUGAUAAUGCUCAGUAUUUCCGUCACGUGGCGAUGGAAAGUGUAUGCCUUGCAAUGUAGGAUUAGUAGGAGUAGAUAAUUGUAUAAAGUACAGAGAAACACCUUUUGCUGGAGAGGAACAAGUGCAGUGAUGUAUAAUUAUUUUAUUAAGGUUUACAAAUGAUGAUGAAGAAAUUGCGUACAGUUCGGUAUCUUAUGUUGCAACUCUACUGUACGGUACAGUGGUAGUGUAGAAAAAAUGGUACUAAUUGAGUUCUACAGUAAUAUUGAUACUUUUUCUUAAACGUAUCUUUGUUCCGACACGGGAUACAAACCUUUCGGUCCUUUUACAAUAGGAAGGUAACUAGCAGCAGCUGGAUGGUCGUAAGCUUUCGAACAAGGGAGUUCGGUAGUUAACUGCUUGUCUGACUGUGCGCGCGCCACGCGACUGGGAGGCGAAGAAUCACUUUUGCUUUCGGCUUGCUGGUGUGUAGACGUGCUCUUCAUCGCUCUCUGCCCGCUUCAUCGUCGUGUGCUUUCAGGAUAUUUGUGUUUUCUCUUACUUUUUGUGUGUGUGUGUGUAAAAGUGAACUGUAAGUACUCUUUUUCAUUUUUUCAUGUACACUUAUUAUUAAUUCAAGUGAAUAAUGGACCAAGGAUCGAAGGAAUCUCCGUGCCCUUCCAUUACCCGGCGACUGUGCCCCGGGGUGGAGGGGCGUAAAUGUGGGAAAUUUAGAAGUUUUCCCGAGAUCGAUCCCCAUGUCCUUUGUGCUCGGUGUCGAGGGCGAGAGUGCUCUCGCACCGAGCCUUGUAAUUUUUUUGGGUGAAAGUGUGAAAGUGAAAAUCGUAAGUGCAGUGCUCUUUUUCAUUUUAUUUUCUUGCCCUUUACGCUCGGUGCCGAGGGCGCGAAUGCUCUCGGCCCGAACCUUUUAUUUUUGUGUGAAAGUGAAAGUGAAAUUGUAAAUGCAGGAUUCUUUUUCAUUUUCAUGUAUUAUUAUCAUUAUGGAUCAAGGUUUCCACUCAUACCCUGGAAUUGAUCCUCAUGCCUUGCACUCGGUGCCGAGGGCGCGAAUGCUCUCGGGCCGAGCCCUGUAUUGGUCAGAGGUGCAGUGGGUGUUGUGCGGGGGCGGGAAGAACGAAGGCCUGCCAAGAAGUCGUUGGAAAGCUCUCCCGCGACUCUCUUGGUAACCGAUUCUUCGUCUUUUUUCCUGGCCCCCCCACUCAGCUCCCAUGUAUGGCACCUUCCCCUUUGGGGAGGGUUUUCAAGGUCCUUCUUCUUCGCCCGAUCCGUCGAGCGUAGAGGAGGACGCUCGUUACCUGACGUGCAUUUGUAUUCGGCGUCUUCCGUUCGUUUGGGGUGGGGCUCGUCCCUCCCCUGCGCAAGGGGGAACCCCUCCUGUGUACCCGACUCUUGCUUCCACAGGUGCUUCUGCUGUGGGGGAUGACCUUGGACAGGUAUGGGCGUCAUUGGGACUGCAGGGCGUGCCGAAUGUCCAGGGGCUGCUCCAUCAUCUGGCGGGGUCUGGUGCGGUCACCCAUGGAGUGGUGACCACGACUUCCACUUUGUCUACCCCAGGGUACGCCGCCCCUCCUCACCUGGUGUAUUCUCUGCACGUGGUGUCUGUGACUCCUUCAGCCUCUGUGCAGGGGCCGAUUGCCGCCGUACCGAGGAGGGUCGUGCCGGUGCCGCCCGGAUUUGCAGUGCUGCCUCGCCCGGACUUCCGCUGCCCAAAGAGCUCGCCCCUGGACCUGCCGCCGGUACCCAGGAUGUCGCUGGCUGCUGCCCCGUCUCCUGGACUACCUGUGUUACCUGCCGUACCUGCCUCCGAUGCUGUGCUGGCUGUUCCUGCUGUUCCCACUGUUCCCGUACCUGCUGAUGUCAUCCCUGCCCACAGUGUUGCUGCCCCAGACGUUGAUCUGUCCGGACAGGUGCGUCCGGGCCCUGUUGCUUUGGCAACAGCAGCCCCGGCUCCGCCCUGGAUGGCUGACCUCACGUCUGUCCUGAGGAAGCUGACGAAGAAGAAGAGGAAGAGGAGGAAGGUGUCAUCGUCAUCUUCAUCGUCUUCUUCGUCAUCUGCAGCCGCCCCUUCCCCUUCGACUUCCAAGGCUACCCAGCCGAGGAAGAAGAAGGCUGCCUCCUCCUCUCCUAAGAAGGCUCCUUCGGGAACUUCUCAGGGCCCGUCCCACUCCGGUGGGACGAGGGGUCCUUCCGCUGGUCCUCCUGCUCCUUCGGGAGUAGGGACCGUCUCUCCUUCCGCAAGAAAGAAGAAGAUGGGGACCAGAGGAGUACUGGCUUACACCGGUACUUCCUCGCCUGGUGCUAGAGGUUCUGCCGCUACACCAGGUUCCGUCUCGGCCUCUCGUUCGCGAGAGGUACCGAGUGUACGGUCACCCACGGGUGGCCGUGCAGCCAGGAACCAGACGCCAGAGCUCGCUCGGCGCCAGGUUCACGGCACAGAGUGGAAGGCUGGUGAGAGCCGCUCAGGAGACUCUCGCCAGGCUAGCUGUUGCUCUCGUAGUGAUCAGCCGGUCACCCGGGUUGACGUGACGGUCCCAGACCGGCCACGGGCUGAGGCUGGGAAGGGGUCCCCCGAUCGCUGGCGCCAGUGGUUCGACGCGUCGUGAGGACAAGCACCGGUCUCACCGUGACAGUGGUCUCUGCAGGUCGCCUGACCGCCGCUCCCACAGGGACCGGAUGGGUAGGGCAACCAGCAGCAGUUCCUCUGACGCACGAGAUUGGGGCCGCUGUUCUCGGUCCAGCCGUUCUCCCCAGGGGAACGGCACGACUAGGCCUGCAGCUCGAUCCCCACCGCGGGUUGGAGAUCGCCUGCAACCCCCCAAGCACACUGGUUCUGCCAGUGAGCGAGGGGGGAGCGUCAGGUCUUCCUCUUCCGUGCUCUCAACUUCCUCGGGUUACACCGGGAAGGGCGAGACACCGAGGAGUGAUCGUGAGGGGCGCGCCCCGCACGAUCCCGUCACGAUGCCGUACGUACCAGGCACGGUCUUAGGAUCGACCAGGUCGUACGUGCAAGUGACAGGAGGAGACCGAGAGGGGUCUGUCGCUGUUCCCCCUCCUGAAGGGGGAGGAUCUCGGGAGUUGCUCUUGUUCGAGGGGCUUGACGGUCUUACUCCACAAGAUGCAGUCACUCCGGGUAUCCAGAGGAACUUUGCCGAGGUUAUUGCGCUGAUUCGUCAACACAACGACCUCGGGGAAGGAUCGCCGCUCCCACCAUCCGAGCCCACGUCCCGGCUCGAGUCGUUUUGGUGUCCGAAGAAGGAACCCAAACCGACGGUGGGUCUGCUGCGAUCGGAGCUCGCCGAGGUCUGGCAGAUUGAACAGGCUACUUCCUCCUCCUCUACUGCGACAGCGGCGAUUCUACGUGCAUCGGAGGACCCAAUGCCGCCCAAACAGGUGAACACAGAGUUAGCCAGGCUAACUCCGGGUGUGUCUCUGCAGCAGCUCCUGUCAGAGAACCUCUGGUUCUUGCAGCAAGAGGCACUAGGCCUGGAAUCCACUGCUAUGGCGGCUUUCCAGGCAGUCUCCUGGUUAGACCUGUGGCGUGAGGCGGUAAUUGGAGCGCUCCCCCCUUUGGUCCUCUUGAGAGGUUUCGGCCUCGACGAGGACUGGGAUGCGUCGGAGGACGGUAUUGGCUCUCUCCUGUCAGGUGUCGAUCAGCCCCACCCAGACGACGUUCACGGUGGCGGCAGACCCUUACCUACAGUACGAGUUCGUAACCCUCCUCGGGAAAACGUUUUCUCCUGACGAUACGUUUUCCCAGACUCUGAGAGGCCAUCGCCGCAAGGUGAUGGCUGCUCCUACUCUCUUCUCCAACUGCUAGUUCUGCUGGGGAGGCGAGCGAGUAUCCAAUUCCUCCCCCAUUCCCUCUCUCCUUACGGCUACGAGGGAAAGGGGAGGGAUCCUGCAGAGUUCUCUGUAGGAUCCCACGUUGGGGACUGCGUUACUGGGGGGGACCUUCGGGUCCUACCUGACGUAAGCCCCCGUCGUUGAGGAAAGAUCCUGCCCCAUCCUCGAUUUCUACAGGAAUCGGGAGGAACACCAACCGAUGAUCGUUUGACGAAUUCAGUGGGGGUUUCGCCGAGUGCUUAGAAUUCUGCGGAAUUUCUAGCACUCUCAGAGUGUUCGAGUUUUUUACGAUCUCCAAACACUUAGGCAAAACCAUGGUCCAUAGUGGGGUAGACGAGAAUCCCCGAUAAUUGUUACUACGAUAAUCGGGAACCUCGCCGAAUGCUCGAAUUCCUGAAAUUUCUAGCGUUUGGAAGAAGCACUGGUGCUGAAGGAAGAAUAUCUCACAGUAGGCGACCAACCCUGGAAUAGAGAAGAAUGGACGGGAACAUCCAGUUUGGCUUGAACUUUCGUCUUCGGUAUUCUGUUCACCAUUCAAGCUUUCCUUCGGGGAAGACUUCUCCUUCACUCUCUUGAUUAGAGAACGAAGGGUGUCGAUUUCCAAUCCUUAUUCUCACUCCUCGAAGGGAAAAGAAUUUAGGAUGGAAGUUCUUGUACAGAAACCUACAAAUAUACUACGUAUAUUACCCUCGCGACAUGAUUCUGUAAAGCAGUUGAAUUGUCCGGGGUGUAGGCGCAUACCGUAGUUAAUUCUACGGAUUGUGACCGAGACGACUAGUAUCCUAAUUGAACUGCAACUCGGGGCUGCCUGCAACCUCCCAGCAGUUACCAGUUUCGAUUUUAAGAUACUUAUGGUAUUGUCAUGACAACACCACCUCAGCUUUUGUAUUUACCGAAAUCUGUUUCGUUUAAAUAUAAUUGCUCGAGCGUAUUUAUUUUACGCUCAAUGGUUCUAGCCGAACGCAUUCCUUCGUGGAAUGGAUUACCUGGCAACUCAGGAUGACGAGUGAGCUAGAGCUAACUGUGUAUUGGACUGCCGAUGACAGCCCAAUACCAGCUGGCUCUCCGAGAUGCACGGUCGGUUUAUGUCUCUCUCCCCUACAAUGAUUGACUACCGAACCGUAUCUCUGCCCAACAAUCACAGACUUAGGUCUCUGAUUAACGGGGAUUCUCGCAUACAUGAAUGACCAUCUACUGCUUCGCCUUGGACAUUGCGAGAAUUUUCAACAGAGAUAUAUCUUGGACUCUUUCAUCUUUCUGUUUACCACACGGUAACAGAAGUCUUUACUAGUCUCCCGCUGCAUCGCAUUGCGAUAAUGCGCAAUGAUUUCUUCAGACAUCUGAGUUUGUCUUCAAAAUAUCUCGUAUUCGUAGGUGUGCAAUUGUUCAUUGUUCACCCCGAAUUAAUAGACGUAUACGGAAGACAUUGCCUGCUCCCCGACCUGCCAGCUCUACUUCCAAAUGAUCAGCCCAUGAGAAGCAGUUCUUCAGGCAGUACUUCCCUGUGUUUUUCAUUAAUGAAAAACGCCCCGCUUUCAUUGCAACUACGACUCCGCACCGGACAGCAAUGAAAUAGCGGUUAGCGUUUUCAGUCAUUUGUAAGCACAGGUUCAGAAUCUUGAGAAUCCUUCUCUCGAUUCGGCUGUGAAGACGUAGGUUGCAUUCAAUAUCUACCUUCGUCUUCAAUGGUACAUAGUGUUGUUUCUCCUUAGCUUAGAUUCAACUACUAUGAGAAUGUCUUGCCAUCAGGGACCUCGGUCUCUAGAAGGCAAUUGACUUUCGCCUGUUGGGCACAUGCCUUAAAAGAAUCAUCACCUCGCCGUCCGGCAUCUGUGACAAAUAAAUAGACGAUUUGUAUGGUCUCUCGGCAUAACCCUUUAAAAGGCGAAGGUCACAUGACUUUCUCGGAUGCUUGGACAACUUGCCUCACUACCGAACGCAGUCAGUCGGCAGCUGUCAGAGCGCCCGAGUCAGUUACAAUCUACGCUGUGGACUUAGUCUGGUUGUUCCAGAUCAAUCAUUACUUCGUCCUAAUAGCUUGUCCCAGUACCCAUACCAUUGACACCCACCAUGGAGUGUCGGUGUCCUAUCCACUACCUAGAAGAAGAAACUUCGCUGCAAUGGGAUAGGAGAAUGCGAGACACUUCGCUGCAGACGGAUAGACCAGUAUGGGUAAUGGACAUCACCGAAGUCGAGAAGAGGGAUAGGCCAUAGCGACUAUUCCCUUCUUUUCCUCUAAGGGAACUGCAUGACUUUUCCUGUGAAGUCAAGCAUCCAGAGGAUGGGGUUCUGUGACGCUUGAUUUCGUACCGAACUUCGUAGCGAAGACUCAGAACCCUUCGGUCCCUGCCGAUUGGUUCGAGUCCUUCACAAUCCCCUCCCUAAUGGACUUCACUGCCUUCGAUGCGAAGGAGAUGCUGCUUUGUCCUGUGAGGCCGCGACAGCACUAUCUGAAGAAAACUCGACACCUCAGGUCUGAGUGUUGACGCCUCUUCGUUAGCACUGGGAUGACCAAGAAAGAAGUAUACAGGAACACUUUCUUUCUGACUGCGUGAGGUGAUCAGGAGGGCGUACGAAGCUGAUGGUAGCGACGACAUCCGUACCCUUCGUCCGAGAGCCCACGAAGUCAGAGAUAUGGUUCUUCCCUCUCGUUCCGCAAGAACUUCUCCGUGGCGCAGGUACUGAAGGCAGGGGUCUGGUCCAACCAGACCACAUGCACCUCCUUCGACCUUUAGGAUAUAUAGCCCACAGGUCCUUGGACACUGGUCCCUUAGGACCCGUGGUGGCGGCUCAACACGUUGUGUAGCUAACCCAGACCCUCGCAGGCUGAACAGCAUCGAUUCCUGGUGUGACUGUAGAAUGGACGAGUGAUUGAGAGUGUGACUGGCUCCUCUUUCCCAUCUUUUUCUCCCCUCUACCUGUGGGCAGAGGGACACGGUCGUCACCCUGCUGGAAGGAUGAGAUGCAGGUAAGCUACUCGACCGAGCCCCUUCCUAUCCCUUUCACUAGGGAUAGGAGUGAAUAUCCACCACUUCCCCCAACAAGGGGGGGGUGGGGGGGAAGUGGAAGCCAACAAACCCAUAACUUUAUGUUGCCUCUUGCAAACAGGAACAAGUUCUUGCUUGCUGGUAUUAAGAGAUACGCUUGCCUCUCUCUUAUUACUUGGUCCAGAGGUCUGACCAUUGAUCCUGCGGUGCACACCUCGAUCAGUCGGACAGAGGCUAGUAUCCAUGCCUUGCUCUUUCGACCAGGGAGGCAAUCCAAGGUUGGGCGAACACCAGUCUGUUCACAAAAGACUCAGAUUCCUCCCACCAAGAAGUGAGUCUUCCUAUUGUAAAAGGACCGAAAGGUUUGUAUCCUUGUCGGAACAAAUGACAAUUUGUCCAAAAUUGCAUUUUUCCUAACUAUACAAACCUGAGGUCCUUUUACACAUAGUCCCACCUCAUGCCACCCCCCACUCUGCAUUUUUUGCUUGGGCCUAAAGCAAAAGUGAUUCUUCACCUCCCAGUCGCGCGGCGCGCGCACUGUCGGACAAGCAGUUAACUACCGAACUCCCUUGUUCGAAAGCUUACGACCAUCCAGCUGCCGCUAGUUACCUUCCUAUUGUAAAAGGACCUCAGGUUUGUAUAGUUAGGAAAAAUGCAAUUUUGGACAAAUUGUCAUUUUAGCAUGUCAAAACAGCUGCAGUUAUGUGUAGUGUAAAAAGAAAGUGCUGAAAUAGUUUAAGCAGCUGGAAAGUGGGGGUCUGGUAUAGUAGAUUUGGGGAACAGGAAAUAUAUUGGUCGAUGAUUAAACAAUACUUUUAUUCAUCUACAUUACUCACAUUUGGAAGCAGAACUCAUUUUUCCCUUGCCUUGACAACGUAGCGUAGACAAACCACUCUUGAAGAUUCAUUCGAACUGUCGUAACUUGGAAUCUUUAUUUUGUGAUAUUUUAUAUGAAUGUAUAUGUGUGUGAUAAUAAUUUUUCAUAAAUUAAGGUUUAAGAAGGUAUUUUCUGUAGGAUGAAGGUAUGAAAUUGUGCUUAUAUCUACGUAAUGACUGUACGGCAUGCCCCAAUGAUGCUGGGUGUCUGUAACCUCAUGAGGUAUGUCUUCUGUAAAAAAGAAUUUAGUCCAAGUGGGGACUUGCUUUCCCCAGCAUUUCUAACUAUGUUUUAAGGUUAUCAGGAAUGGUGUUAUCCUUUUGACCAUCAUCCAUAAGCUGCGUUUCGAGAGAGAGUUUCCGUUACAUAUAGCCAUUUGUGCCUGUGCUGCUAGAAUUAUUGUGUGCCACUCAUUUUGCUAAUAGCAUUUUACCCUUUUUUAGAUGCCAUACGAUGUCUUAUACCCAUCCUAAAGGGCUUUCAUUCCUUUCACUAUUAACUGGGAAUUUUUCCUAACAGCGUUGUGCGUGUUGAUAAAACUUAGUCUUAGGUGUAGGUGAAUGUGUGUUUGUGACAGUUCUACCAUAGACCUGCUUCUCCAUUUUUGUACCUCCAUUUGUUUUCUCUUUUUGUUUCAUUUAUACCUGAAUAAUUUUGCUCUGCAUCGUAUGCUCGCUUUAUUUUUUACUUUUUCGCACACUUUAACUCAUGUAUAUUGCUGAAGUUUAGGUGAAAGGCAUAUAAUGCUAUCUUUAUAGUGUGAUGCAAAGUUGCCUUAACUUUUCAGGCUGUUAGACGUUAAUUGGCUAAGUCUUUAUCUGUUUAACUUAUCUCUUCAGCAUUUCUAUCAAGGCUAAAUUAGUGAUGGCUACCAUGACUUCCUGUAGGCAACAUACUCAACUCUUAGAAAGUCAGUGGCUCUCAUGACUGUAGGGAUUGUACGCUCAUUAGAUAAUAAGUGAAUGAGUGCAAGGAAGUUUUUUAUAUAUAAAAAAUUGUGCGGAUAUGGAACGAGAAGUUGUGGUUUCUCUGAAGAACACGGUUUAAUUUACAGCGUACAGUAUGUUUUAAGAGGUUUAUUCUUGUGAUUGGACAUCCCAGUGCUACCUUCUUAUAAUAAAUGUCUGGAAAGC